AUGGUUCGCAUCGCCAUGGUAACACUUGUGGCCUUCGCCGCCUCUGCCUUUGCGUCACCCCAUAUUAGAGUUAGAGGUGGCGCCAGGGUCGAGCUUGCCAGGAGAACCCCCGCCGGGGGGGAUCCUGCCGCCAAGCAACAAGCCCAGAUAGUACGAAACUACGCGAAGCAAUUGGAGCAAUACGCUGAACAGUUAGAAAAUGGCGGUGGCACCGAGACUGGAAAUGGACAGCCUACUCCCAAUAACCCGAGUGGUAAUGAAGACGAGACGGGAAAUGGACGGCCUACUCCCGAUAUCCCGAGUGGCAAUGGAACCGAGACGGGAAAUAAGCCGCCUACUCCCAGUAUCCCGAGUGGUAAUGGAACCGAGACGGGAAAUAAGCCGCCUACUCCCAGCCGGCCGGGCUCGUCUCCAUUAUUUCCUGGUGCUGAGGAUGAUGCUACCGGUGCUGGGGAUGACCCUAUUAGUGCUGGGGAUGACCCUAUUAGUGCUGGGGAUGACCCUAUUAGUGCUGGGGAUGAUCCUAUUAGUGCUGGGGAUGAUCCUAUUAGUGCUGGGGAUAAUCCUAUUAGUGCUGGGGAUGAUUCUACCAGUGCUGGGGAUGGAACCGAGACAGGAAAUAAGCGGCCUAAUCCUAGUCGGCCAGGCUCGUCUCCAUUAUCCCCUGGUGCUGGGGAUGAUCUUAUCGGUGCUGGGGAUGGAACCGAGACGGGAAAUAAGCUGCCUACUCCUAGCCGGCCGGGCUCGUCUCCAUUAUCCCCUGGUGCUGGGGAUGGUCUUAUUAGUGCUGGGGAUGGAACCGAGACAGGAAAUAAGCGGCCUAAUCCUAGUCGGCCAGGCUCGUCUCCAUUAUCCCCUGGUGCUGGGGAUGAUUCUACCGGUGAUGGUAUUAUCGCUUCUAAAGAGUAG